AUGAAGAACCAUCUUGAUCCUGACCAUGGAGAAACAAUUUUGAUAACGCAUUUUGUGAAUCCCCAGAAAUUCAGCUAUGUUAAAUACAAAGAUGUACAGGACUCCGCAAUGCUGGUCCGCCAAAUUGAGCGGGCUUUACUAGAUUGCUGCAUUAGGGAGAAAUCAAAGAAAUUCUAUCAUAAGGAUGAGGCAGUGUUCGUGCGCUAUUUGCCUUGGAGUCCCCCCAAGCUGAUGAGAGGUGUGGUGCGGAGGCGUAGGGGCGAUAUGUACCUAGUUUGGAUGCAAGAUUACGGAUUUACUUUGUGGUGUUCUGUGCGGGAUAUCUGGUCGCUUCCUAAUCAGUUAAAACACAACUUCUGGGACAUCAAAAAGGGUGGCGUGGCGUUUAUUAUUCCCUUUUUUGGUAGCUGCUGGACCCAAGACGCCAUAGCAUCCUUUGAUAAGCAGCUUGAUGAAGGGAUCCAAAUCACAUUUAAAGUCUUAUACCAAAGCGCAGAAAACCGAAAUUAUGGCCAGCUUAUGUUGCGAUCAUUUAGCCACUCUGUAAAUGCUGCUAAUUUUCUAGUAGAGGAAGGUCAUGCUCGACACAAUAAGGCUUUGACCAUGUUAAAGGACAGCUCAUUCGAUGAAAUGACUGAGAUCAACGACUUGGCGAUAAAAGCACGCCCUCGCAUCAGAACCCUAAUCGAACUAAUAACCCUUUAAACAUUGAUAUGUCAGGGUGAUAAGAUUUCGGGAUUAAAACAACCAGUUACUCAGCACCAUAAGCUAGAUGCCUUAUUGAAGAAUCGUGAGCAAUGCAUUAUCCCGAAGACCGGAAAAGUCCUCAGCAAGAUUAAUAGUAUCAACGACAGUUCCGUGCAAACUGCUCUUUUUAACAAGUCAAAACAAGUUGGACAAGAAACGCCAAUUAAAGGGAACCUGGAAAUCAAAUCCGUAGAAUCUGAGAAUCUGUCAAAUUGUUUAUCUAAGCUAAAGCUAGCACCAACGAAUAAAGUACCAGAAGAAGAAAAUCAUAGAUGCGUUUCUGGUCAGCCGAAACCUGUUGUUAUAAAGGAUACGAAACUGGUAACAUCAUCUGAGACAUCAGAGCUCUUAACUGAUGUAUUCCCUUUAUCACCACAUAAGUCUUUGUGCUUAAAUAUAAGUGAAUCGGAGAAAUUACCAAAACCAACUGUUGAGCCUACUCCAGUGAUGUUAAAAUCAUUAGUCCAUAAAAUGAAAACUUCCUCGUCUAGACCUUUACAUGAGAAUAAAACUAUCCCUUCAAAUUCACAAACAGUAUCCUUUUCCAUGGAUAAACUUGAUCAGAUAUUUAAUACUAUGGUUAGACAGAAAACAUCCGGCAAUUUUAUGUCGCGAAGUGGAAACCAAAAAUCGAAUACUUAUGUCCCUCCACUAACAAGGAUUUGGGCCAUAAAUUCAGGCCAGUCAACGAUAAUCAAAUCGCAAAAGCCUUUAUUGAAAAAUUCGGUGCUGGCCCACAGUACCCAGCCAGUGGAUCCUAUCUUCAGUUACAAGGAAUUACCUUUAUGCAAGGAGGUUCCAAACGAACAUGAAUACAUUGAACUUCCACACCCCCUGCCGACUCAAAGGUAUGCAUGGCCGCAUCUCGUACAUGGCGGAUCCAUGGUGCUGGUGAAUAACUCGGGAACGGGACGCACCUGGAGCUAUCUACCCGUCCUCUGUUCUUUAGUGUUGCAUUCUAUGCAAAGUGCCCCCAUAACCCUUGGGGAUCGCAUUGCCCCGGGCCCUCUGGCCAUAAUAGUAGUGGAUUCUGUAGAGAAUGCCAAAAACUUGACUUCCCAGUGCGACUUCUUGAUGAGGGACUAUGAGACCCAACACCUGAAGGUGGUCAAUACACAAGCUCAUUCUAUGAUGGACCUGUACUUGAUAUUGCUUAACUCAUGCGGAGUUUUAGUGACAACAAUGGUUCAUUUAUUGGAGAUAUUGGACAAUGAAUUGAACCUUGUGGAUCCCAAUAGAUUGAUCUUUUUAGUCUUUGAUGACUUUGAUCGCAUGCGAAUGGCAAAACCGCAACUUCUGGACGAUUUAUUGCAAAGCGUUGAUGGUAUGGGUUGUCUAACGAUGCAGACUGUCUUGGUAUCUCAGCAAUGGCAUUCAGAUAAAUUUAAGAAGCUCCUUAAGCGUACAAUGAAGCCGCUGAUACUAUUCGGAGAUUUUUUUAAGGCAGCACUAUACGGCGGUCUUACAUUGAAAUUCAUACUACGAAAUUCCGCCUUAAAGACAAAACAUCUUCUAGACAUCCUAAUGGCACAGAAAGGUCAGGGGAAGCGCUCACUGAUCUUUUGCAAAAGCCAAAUAGAGCUGGAGAAUCUGAAAACUGUUUUAGCUGGUGGUGGGCAUAGAUGUGUGACCGUUUCAGAGGCACAGAAUAAGGAAUCGACAGAAAUUAUGUUGGCAUGCGACAAUUUGCUCGGGGAUCAGCUGCCUGUCAGAAACAUCCAGCUGCUAAUUCAUUAUAGUUUACCUGAUUCCUGGCUUACAUUUGCUGGACGAUUCCACACUAUGGCAGACAACAUAAGUAAUAUCUUUACGACACCGAAGGAGAACGUUAAAGCCUUGGUCACCUAUUUAAUGCUGGACGAGGGAAACUUUAAGGAAUGGACACGCACAAUGAAAUUUCUCCAGGAUCACGGCAUCGCUACUAAUGACCCGAUAUUCCAAGUUAUGACCUACAAUCAUCAGAAAUUUAAUGAAAGUCUUCCCUACUGUCCAUACCUACUGAAUAGUGGUAAUUGCAAUAGAAGUCAGUGUGAUAAGCGUCAUCAAUACAUUAUAAAUGAUUUUCGGAACCUUGGAGUUCCUCUUCAGAAACCCGGAACAACAAUCCACUGCAAAUUGUACCAAAUUUACGACCCUGUUCACAUGGCAGUCUGGCCCAUUAAGUAUAAGACCAAAGAUUCCACCAGCUGGACCGAUGUUCUAUAUCCUUCCAAUCCGUCGACAUUAGUCCUUAAGAUGAGUUUGGCUAUGACACAGGAGGUACAUAACCCAUAUAAGAUUAACGAUGUUUGUUUUGUGAUGCACAAAGAUCACUUGAGGAGGGUGAAGAUAGUGGACAUACCUUCGAAACGUCCAGUUACUGUUCAAUUUAUGGAUCAUGGCACUGAGUUACUGCAAGUCAAGCCUAGUCAGUUGCUGAAAUGUCCCGAGAAGUUCAGGGUUCUGCCACCUCUGGCUAUGAAUAUUCGUUUGUCGGGAUUGGUAGCAGCAGGAGAAGAAGGCAAGUGGUCAGAGGAUUCUUGCAAAUGGGUGAAGGAAAGCUUUGGUACUCUUGAUGGCCAGUUCAUGCAGAUAACCGUUGAUUUUGCUGUUUUGGAUGUUGUAUAUGCCAAAGAAAUCGCCUUGAUAGAGGAGUGCCAAACCAUGCUAACUAGUGUCUACAAAACCUUUUUACGCAAGGAACUGCUUCGUCAAGGAUUCGCUGAAAUAGACGACACACGCUUCCAAGAACUGCUAGCUAUGCACGAGCAGCAAAAUAAAGAAAUGGAAGAGCUUGAAGCCAAGAAAGAAACCAUAGACUUCGAAGAGGGGAAAAUCGACCUGGAGGGGCAUAAGAAAGAUCUGACAUCAUUACAAGACAAAAAACACAUUUGUUCAAUAAAUAAAGGUACUGAGAUGGAUAUAAAGGAAAACUUAAUCGUAGGAUCAGUAAAUGAACUCCCAAUUGAUCAGAUUGAUAAUCAAGAACUGUCCUCUGAUAAAAAUAAAUUGGAAGAUUAUGAAGUAACUAAAGAAAAUGAAGGUACACUCGAAUCUGUGGAUGAUGACGAAAAAUCAAUGAAAGGGAAACAAGACGAAACUGAUCAAUCGACAGAAAGUUCUAUAGCAUUAGUGAAUGCAUUAAUUCAUGAGUUGAAUACUUCCAGUCUUUCAAGGAAGCAGGACACGCAACAAUUUCUACACAAUCUUGUACAUGGUGAAGAGAACCAGGCUAUUCCAUAUAGAAAGUCCGAUUCAAUAGGUUUAAAGUUAACAAAAUCUGUGGAAGUUGUUACCCAAGAUCCAUUGAAGGAAAUAGUAUCACAGUCCUUACACUGUGCCUUAAAAUCUGGAGAUGCUGUGCAUCCCAGGGUGAAAUGGCACCAGACCCAAACCCAUAUCGUGCUAAUAGUUGAACAGCAGGUGCCAGAGUAUAAUCUUAUUCUAGAGGGAAAUGUCCUGCGCUAUAACGUUACUAUGACUGCUCCUCCUCAACGAUUCAUUUUGAAUCUAUUAGGCGAGGUAAUGAUGGAUUCGGUGAAGCAAUUUGGCUAUUAUCUGCAUAUUAAGAUGACCAAGGUGGGCUUACCGAUCUAUUGGCCAACCCUUCUUAACUCACUCUAUGAUCAACAACAUUCCCACUGGCUGGUCUACGAUACUGAGCGGGCUCAAGGACCUCCGCGUUCAGUAGGUCUAAUCCUUUGGGAGAGAUAUCUUGGUCACGAAAUAAGAAAUAACUACCUCGAACCAGAGGAAGACGGUAACUUAAGUUCUUCUUCGGAGAACUGCUUGGAGCCGGGAAUGGAGGGUUGUCACUUGGACUCGGCUUUAUAUGAAGAUUUUUAGGGAGGCAAAUGAUAUUUUCAUAAUUCUUUUAAAAACUACAAACAAGAAUGUAAUAUCUUAUAAUUUUGUAUCUAUCAUUUAAACAUAUAAUUUCCUUAUGGAAAAUGUUGAUGUUUCUUACGUUAUAUUCCUGGGUUGCGUUUAAAAAUAUCGAUAUAUAUAUAUAUAUAUAUGUGUGUAUAUAUAUAUUUUUUAUUAGUGUUAAUUCAUUCAUAGUUUCAUAAAAUUUAAGAAAUAAAAGACAGCAAAAAACAGGAAUAUUUUUAAAACUAUGUACUAUGAGUAAAAACUGAUCCUUCAGCCGCAGAAUAUUUUUCAAUUAUCAAUGAUUAGUAUGAUUGUUUUGUUCUUACUAAAUAAAGUUGUUUUAAGCAACAAAUAAAAUAAAACCGCACUACUAAAAAA